AUGGGAAUAGAUAAGAUUCCGAAUAAAGUAUGGAAAUAUGCAGAAGAGGAAAUGGUAAAAUGGGCAUGUGAAAUAUGUGGGAGGGUAUGGAAGGGAGAAAGUUGGCCGGAGGAAUGGAAGGAAGGUAUUAUAGUUCCAGUAGUGAAGAAAGAAACAGGGGACAAAGUAGAAGAAUACAAGGGAAUAACGGUGAUGCCAUCAUUAUAUAAAAUCUAUGCGGCAGUAUUGGCGGAGAGACAAUUGAGGAAGAAAGGAGAUAAGAUUAUAGUGGUGUUUAUAGAUUUUAAGGCGGCGUUCGACUCGGUGGACAGGAGAGAGUUGAUAAGGGCGAUGAGGGGGCGAGGAGUGAGGAAGGGUUUAAUACUAAGAGUGGAGAUGUUGUGGGAAACAAAAAGCAGAGUGAAAGUGGAGGAGAGGGUUGGAGAAGAGUUUUGGAUGGAGAGGGGGCUAGGACAAGGGUGUUCCUUGAGCCCCGAUUCUAUUUAA